ACAGCCGGCCUACACUAGAACAGACACACAUCGCUUUCCGCUUCCGCUUCCGCUUCCGCCGCCGCGGCCGUCUCCUCCAAACCCCUGCCUGAACCCUAGCCACCGUCUCCGGGAGCAUGCACGCCAGGCUGCUCAGCGCCCCGUCCCGCGCCGCCGCCUCCACCUCCUCCUCCUCCUCCUGCGCCCGCCGCCACCCCCGCCGCGCGUCGUGGGACCCGCGGCCGCCGAGCCGGAACCCCGCCUCGCCGCCUCUCUCGCUGCGCGCCCGCGCCUCCAUGGACCCCGCUCCGUCACAGGGGCGGAGCGACUCGCCUGCGCAUGGCGUGUCCGACAGGGUCGUCGGGGUGCUGGGGGGCGGCCAGCUGGGGAAGAUGCUGUGCCAGGCGGCCAGCCAGAUGGGGAUCAAGGUGGCCGUCCUGGACCCGCUCGAGAACUGCCCGGCGAGCUCCGUUUGUCACCAGCAUGUCGUGGGGAGCUUCGAUGAUGGUGACACGGUCCGUGAGUUUGCGAAGAGGUGUGAUGUUUUGACUUUCGAAAUCGAGCAUGUCGAUGCCGCAACACUUGAGAAGCUUGAAAAGCAGGGUGUCGUUUGUGAACCCAAAGCCUCUACCAUCAUGAUUAUUCAGGAUAAGUUCAGGCAGAAAGAACAUUUCUCGAAAUUUGGAAUCCCGGUAGCUGACUUUGUCGAGGUAGAUACUUUGAGUAGUAUAGAGAAAGCUGGGGAAAUGUUUGGCUACCCUCUGAUGGUAAAAAGUAAAAGAUUGGCAUAUGAUGGUCGUGGGAAUGCUGUGGCUCACGAUAAAAAGGGGCUAUCUUCUGUUGUUUCUUCGCUGGGUGGCUUUGAGUAUGGUUUGUAUGUUGAGAGGUGGACACCUUUUGCAAAGGAGCUUUCUGUAAUUGUGGCAAGGAGCAGAGAUGGUUGUACUGUCUGCUAUCCUGUUGUUGAAACCAUUCAUAAGGAUAACAUCUGUCAUGUUGUUGAAGCUCCUGCUGGGAUACCUGAGAAAAUGAAGAAGUUAGCUACUAGUGUAGCUGAAAAAGCUAUCAAAUCAUUAGAAGGCGCUGGUGUUUUUGCCGUAGAACUAUUUUUGACAAAUGAUAAUCAGGUUUUGUUGAAUGAAGUUGCCCCUAGGCCUCACAAUAGUGGACAUCAGACAAUCGAGGCAUGUUACACUUCACAGUAUGAGCAACAUUUACGUGCUAUUCUUGGACUUCCUCUUGGUGAUCCUUCAAUGAAAGCACCCGCAACAAUAAUGUACAACAUCCUAGGCGAGGAUGAGGGUGAGCCAGGAUUUGUUUUAGCUCAUCAGCUGAUUAAGAGGGCAUUAAAUAUUCCAGGUGCAUCAGUCCAUUGGUAUGCGAAACCAGAGAUGCGAAAGCAAAGAAAGAUGGGUCAUAUUACCAUUGUGGGAUCUUCUAUGUUCAUUGUGAAAGCACACUUGGACAAGUUACUGCAAAGAGACACAGAUGCUGUAAACAAAGCUAGACCACGUGCUGCUAUUAUAAUGGGUUCAGAUUCUGAUCUCCCCAUAAUGAAAGAUGCUGCAGCAGUAUUGGAGAAGUUCAACAUACCUUUUGAGCUUACAAUUGUUUCGGCGCAUCGUACACCAAAGAGAAUGUAUGAUUAUGCAUUAUCUGCUAACGAAAGGGGCAUAGAGGUCAUUAUUGCAGGCGCAGGUGGAGCUGCUCACUUACCAGGAAUGGUGGCUUCAUUGACUACACUUCCUGUAAUUGGAGUCCCCAUCUGGACCAAGUCAUUACAGGGAAUGGAUUCCCUCCUAUCUAUUGUGCAAAUGCCAAAAGGUAUUCCUGUUGCUACUGUUGCAAUUGGAAAUGCAGAAAAUGCAGGUUUGUUGGCUGUUAGGAUGCUUGCUUCAAGAGAUCCUGAGUUGUCGGGCAGGAUAUAUGAGUAUCAGCAAAAUCUGGAAGACAGCGUGUUGGGGAAAGCACAACGGCUCGAGGAAUCAGGUGCAAAUGAAUAUCUGAGGCAAUAUAUGAAGCCUUGAGCACUGGCUGUCCAUUCUGUUGACAUUCUGUAACUUCAAGUGUUAACAAAAGCAGAUAAAUAGUCAACUGUCGGUGAGAUUCUGAAAAAACCUGUAGCCUGCCUGGCUGCUCAUCAGGCUUUUGUUCUUAUUGUGCUAAUUGUUGUCUGCUAAAUUUAUCGACUCGUCCAACUGUCUUGUAGUCCUAGUGGAAGCAUAACUUGAGCUUACAGCGGUAAAAGGCUGAAGAAAAUUUUGUUAGAAAUUAAUAUACUCUGUACUUUAUAUGA